UGACGCUCCCUCGAGCUACGCGAAAGCCACGCGAGUCAGCCUCAGGAAAGGGGGACAAGCAUGCCUCCGCAGCCGCACUUCCUCGUGCUCACGUACCCGCUCCAGGGACACAUCGCGCCGGCGCUCCGCCUCGCCCGGCGCCUGCUCGCCGCUGCGCCUGGCGCGCUCGUCACGUUCUCCACCACCGUGACCGCGCACCGCCGCAUGUUCCCGGCGGAGGCGGACGCGCCCGACGGCGGCGACGGCCGCCUCGAGUUCCUCCCGUUCUCGGACGGCUUCGACAACGGGUACGACAGGACCACCGACCCCGCGGCGUGCACCGACUACAUUGCGUCCUUCCACGCCGCGGGCGCGCGCAGCGUCGGGGAGCUGGUGGACGCGCUCGCCGCGCGCGGCCGCCCCGUGACCCGCGUCGUCUACACGAUGCUCCUCCCGUGGGCCGCUGACGUCGCGCGCGAGAAAGGCGUGCCGUCCGCGCUCUACUGGAUCCAGCCGGCUGCCGUGUUGGCCGUCUACUACCAUUUCUUCUACGGCCACGCCGGCGUCGUGACCGACAACCGCCACGACCCGUCGUUCAUCGUGCGGCUCCCGGGCCUCCCUCCGCUGGCCGUGCAGGACCUCCCGUCCAUCAUCACGGAGUCCACCGACCCCUCCGAGUUCUACCACAGCAUCUACACUACCAUCCGCGACCUGUUCCACACGCUCGACAGGGAAACCCCCAGAGCAAACGUGCUCGUCAACACGUGCCAGGAACUCGAGGUGAGCGCGCUCGCCGCCAUGGGAGCGUACAACGCGCUGCCGAUUGGCCCAGUGCCCCCGUCCGGCGACGAGACCGGCCUCUUCAAGCAGGACGGCGCCAAGUACAUGGAGUGGCUCGAUACCAAGCCGGCCGAUUCCGUGGUGUACGUCGCGUUCGGGAGCCGGGCGGGGAUGGACAGGGAGCAGCUCGACGAGCUGCUCCUCGACCUCGAGCAGAGCGGGAGGCCUUACCUCUGCGUCGUCCGGAAGGACGUCAAGGCCGAGUUCGCCGAUGGCGAGGCGACGCGGGAGCCCGAGACGAACGCGCGGCUCAGGAACGGCAUGGUGGUGGAGUGGUGCGACCAGGUGCGGGUGCUCUCGCACGCGGCGGUGGGCUGCUUCGUGACGCAUUGUGGAUGGAACUCGGUGAUGGAGAGCCUGGCGUGCGGCGUGCCGAUGGUGUGCGUUCCCCAUAUGUCGGACCAGCGGAUGAACGCGUGGCUCGUCGAGUGCGAGUGGCGCGUGGGAGCCCGCGCGGAGGUGCGCAGCGACGGCGUGUUGCGCUUGCGCGCGACCGGGGUAAGGCAGCGCGUAGAGGAGGUGAUGCAGGAGGGUGAGGCCGGAGCGGGGGCUGCGCGGCGCGCGGCGUCGGAGUGGAAGCGGGUGGUCGCUGAGGCUCUCGGGAAAGGUGGCUCGUCGGAUCGUAAUCUGAGGGCAUUCGUCGAGGCCGUCGAUAGUGGUGUGUCCGUAUGACACUGGCUUGUAGGAGCAGUAUGUUUUAUAUGUUGGUUGGUUGGUGAAAUAGCUCAGGUUAUCACAUGAGACUUUGUUUGAGCUUCAUGAUGAAAUAAGGAUGUGUUUGGUUUCACGUCAAGGGUCAUCAAAUGUUAUGGUUC